AUGGUGGUGCGCGAGCCGCCCCCGCUGGAGCAGGUGCAGCGGCUCGGCGCGCAGCUGCUGCAGUCGCGGGAGCACGUCAACAACGUCGUCGCGCUGCUGCGAUUCGCGACGCAUCGCGACGGCGCGGUGGCGGCGGAGGCGGUGACGGUGCUGCAGGCGUUCUUCGCGCAGCUGCUGCGCUCCGACGAGCUGCUGCUCCACCCCGCGCCCUCUAGCCGCUCGGGCGGCGCGGGCGGGCGGGCGGGGGAGGAGCGGGCGAAGGAGGAGGUGUAUCAGCAGUGGGCGCGCGCGCGGUAUGGCGAGUACACGGGCGCGCUCAAGGCGCGCCUCAGAUCCGAGGAGGGCAGUGCCGCUAGCAAGGUGCGCGGAGGCGCAGGUGGGAGAGGGGAAUCGUGUUGGCAGGAGCAGGGCGGAUGGCGGAUGGCGGAGGGCGGGGAGGAGGAAGGGCGUGGCGAUGGGUGGGCGACUGUGGUCCGGGGGACGAAUGCACGAGCCAUGCACUUCACUGGGUGUGAACAUCCACACUAUCCUUCUUCCUCCCCUCUACGCGCUCCCCAACCGCUCCCCCAUCAGCGCAUAGCGGUGGAGCAUCUGAUGGAGCUGGCUCGUCUGGAAAAGAAGGGCGGCCUGGCUGGCGCCACCAUCAACAAAAUACUCAUCCCGCUGGUGAGCCGUGCCAUGCCGCUGGUGAGCCGCACCAUGCCCCUGGUGGAGGGCGAGGCGGGGGACCCCUCAGUGCGCGCCAAGCUCGCCUCCUUCUUCACCCAUGCUGACGUCAGGCGGCAUGUGUACGGGGCAGUGGAGCAGCUGUGUGCGUCCAUGGCUGCUGCUGCCGCCAAGCACUCAAGCGCUGCUCAGGAUGCUGAUGCCCAUGCAGCCGUCGCCAAGCGAGACGCCAUGUGUCUCAACAUAUUGGAGGUGCUGCUAGCCAUGCCCAUGCCGCCCGCCCCCAAGCCGGGCGGCAAGAGGCUGCUGGCGGAGGAGGGGCAGGGCGGCGGCGAGCAGGACGACCUGCUCUCCACCUGGGCGCUGCCCGCCCCGCCCUCUG